AUGCUACGAUCCCUCAACGCAAGAAACGGAUCCCAAUCGGGCUUCUUAAUCGGGCUGGGCCGGCGUUGGAUGUCCGCCAAAACGACCGUGAUGAGCUUCGGUGACGGGUCCCAGGGUGCACUGGGCUUGGCUUCUUCCAUAGGUUUGGGCUUCGACGCCUAUGAACCCACUCCUAUCACGACCCUACCGCCGGACGUUUGCGGCGUCACCGCCGGCCACUACCACUCCCUUGCCGUCACUUCACAGGGCCAAGUCUGGGCCUGGGGCCGUAACAGCGAAUUGCAGCUUGGUCGUGGCUAUUCUUGGCUGCAGUUGAACUCUAGGCCCUUUGAGCUACAGAGAAAGUUCUGUCUGAUUUAUCUUAAAAGAGAACAGUGGAAUGAACCACAGAAAGUAGAAGGAUUGGAUCAAGUGAAGGUUGCAGCUACAUUUGCAUCUGGUGUUGUAUCUGCUGCAACUGGAGAUGACGGUACUUUGUGGGUGUGGGGAAAGUCCAAACGUGGGCAACUCGGUCUCGGAAAAGACAUGACUGAGGCUGUUUCACCUUCUAGAGUCGAAGCACUUCUUGGACACGAGAUAGUUAAGGUUUCACUGGGGUGGGGACAUGCUCUUGCUCUGAGUAAAGAUGGGAAUCUGUUUGGCUGGGGAUAUUAUUCGGAUGGCAGAUUAGGGAAGAUUGGUAAAACUUUCGAGGCAUCCCCACUAGAUUCUCAUUCUAUUGCUGGUAAAGUCAAGUCAUCAUCAUGCGAAAACUCGAACGUAAUGAUUGAGGCAGCUGAGCAAUUGGUUCUAGAAGCAAUAGAGAAGGAGAAGGACAUGCCUAUUAUCUGGGAGCCUACUCAAAUUGAAGAACUGCAUGAUGUUGAUGUGAUAGAUGUGGCUUGUGGGCUUGAUCAUUCCUUAGUAUUGUGCAGCGACGGUACUCUUCUGAGUAGCGGGAGCAAUGUGUACGGCCAAUUAGGUAGAGCCAAAGACGAUUUAGGAUUUCAUGCAGUCGACAUGAAAUUUUCAGGCCCCCGACCCAUCCGCAUAGCAUCAGGACUCGGACAUUCAUUAGCAAUUUGCACGAAUAUUUUGUCAGAAGAUGGAACAAACAACGUUGUCACAUGGGGAUGGAAUCAAAGUUUUCAGCUCGGGAGAGAAGGUUCCGAAAAUAUUCCAUUGGCAGUUGCUGGUCUCGAUGGUGUGGGCCCCACAUCUGUCUCUGGUGGGCGUGUGCAUUCAUUAGCUGUCACAGGUAAGGGUGAAGUUUGGUCUUGGGGUUGCGGUAGGAAUGGACGGCUGGGAUUGGGUAGCUCUAUUGAUGAACCCGAACCUAUGCUAAUCGAACAAUUGGAGGGUCGUGAAGUUUUGCAAGCUGUUGCGGGUUUCGAUCACAAUCUUGUCCUACUGAACGAUGCUAGUUAUUAAAACUUAAGCAUAUAUGAUAAGUUCACUUUCUUUCCUAUCUUUUCGUUUUGGAAGGUACAUGUUCGAUUAGCUUUCAACGUUCAUGCAGUUGUGAUAAUACAAUUUCCAAAGCUUGUCGUCUGCUACAAACAAUAUAUUUGAAUGCGAAUUGUGCUAUUUGUCAACAAGCACCAUUACAUUGCAAUGAAUAGCAUACAUGGCUUCAAACAGUAACUAAAUGUAGCAAUUUGAUCCGAGUACUCAUGCUCAAUAGUACUAAACAAGGUGCCGGCUAAAAAUAGGAUAGCAAAAAGACAGCACGAGAAAUCGUGUAUCAGAAGUUUUCUGGGCUGUCGUCCAAUUGCUUCUCAUCCUCGAUAUCGACCUCCAAGCUUACUGGUAUUCUCUGCUUCAAGUAGUUCCCAAGUCUGGCCAAAACCGUUGAACGUUUAUGCCAAAAGCGGCCGCUGAGGCUGAUCUUCACAUACGGUCCAUCUAACUCAACAAGCUCUGCUUUUCCUGUUCUAACAUUCUCUUCUCCACAUUAGCACACAGACAAAAACGUUUAAGGAGCCGAAUCAUCACAUCUAAAUUGCAAAUAAGUUCACCUGUUAUGUUAACAGACGCGUCAAAGAGCUGCGCCAACUGCAAGUUUCGAAAAAAAUUCGAAGGUCAUUCAAUCACAAUGCUCUUAACUUUCCAACUAAACUGCAUAUCAUAAUUUUCUAAGAACAACAUAAGAAAAGCUUGCCUCGGUUCUAGCAUCGUCCAAGACCUGCUUGAUGUUAUCCUCUGUCAGAUCAAGCGGUGCUGACGUGGCAGAAAUCGGAACUGGAGAAUAUGAUCUCAGCCUUUGGUUGGUUCCGAACCUUUUCUUCGACGUGUUUGUUUUGAGCUUCAGAUCGGCCGGUGAAACUAAGAAACUUGACGGCGGGCGGUGUGAAGGGGUGAGAAGGGAGAGGCUGUGGCGGUGAAGGGGAAGAAGUUUGAUGAGUGGCAUUGUUGGCUUUUUUCUCCGGCGAUGGUUAUCUAGCUAGUGUUAUGUCCCAUAGAAUGAGUGUGUGGUCAAUAAGAAAUAUACAUUUGUGUCAUGUGGGUUGUCCUAUCUUUUUUAUUUGUU